ACGCGUUUUCUUUACCUGGCCUCCCCGAGUGGCGCGCGAGUGGAGUUCCGCUCUACAGAGCGGCGGGGAGGCGUGGAGACUUUAUAGUGGAACUGAGGAAAAGGAAAGUGGCCGCCACCGAAGCCCAGAGGUGACUGGAGUAUUAAUACAGUGGAAUGAGAAUAGCAAAUGGUCCAUGAAGUAAAGGCUUCAGUCUUCACAAAAAGAUGAAGCAGCAUAGAAGUUAUUUUUGUACUGACUAGAGCCGAAAGACUGGGAUGAUCUGUUAAAAUUUGGAAAAGCUCAAAUAUGCUCUAAUUGAGAAGGUGUAACAGGAAGCACACAGAUUAAGUAUUGGAUAAUUUCAAAGCUGCUUUGGGCCCAAGGGUGCCUGUUUUCUUACCCACCAACCUUUCUCAAAUGGAAAGAAAAAAAUAAAAAGAACAACCAAAAAGCAGGAAUGGGGGAGGAAGACAUUGUUGGACAUUUUUCUUCUGUGAACUGUGCUUAGUUUCAAAGUUGAGUAACAAAGAAGAAAAACAUACUUCUUAAAGUAACCUGUGAUCAUGAAUGUUCUAAUACUUGGCAGUUGAUUUUAAAGGAGGAGGUGCUCUUAGGAAGAAGAUCUGUACAUUGGUUUUGUACCAAGCCUGAUGGGGCCUCAGUUGUCAGAAAUGGCACCAGGGAACUGUCAGUUCCACACACAGGAAUAAAACUGUUUCUAGAGCAAAUGAUGAUGAGUGAGCUGAAUGUAGAUGCGUGCUUGAACCCCCACAUGGGGGCUAUGUUCUGGGAGACUGAAGAAGCUGUGCAAGAAGGCUCCAGUCAGAGGGAGAAAUACAGCCCACAAAUAGAAAGCCUUCAUCCUGAGAGUGCCCGCCAGCGCUUCAGGAGCUUUUGUUAUCUUGAAGCACCUGGGCCACUAGAAGCUGUUAACCAACUUCAGAAAUUAUGCAAUCAGUGGCUGAGGCCAGAGACCCACUCAAAAGAGCAGAUCCUGGAACUGCUGGUGCUAGAACAGUUCCUGACCGUUCUUCCCAGGGACAUCCAGAACUGGGUACAGAAGCAUCAUCCACAGAAUGUUAGACAGGCUGUGGUCCUGGUAGAACGCUUGCAGAGAGAACCUGGUGGAACAAAGAAUGAGGUCACAGCCCAUGAGCUGGGAAAGGAGACAGUGCUCUUGGGAGGAACAGCAGUGGCCCCAGGCUUCAGGUGGAAGCCAGCAGAGCCCCAAGCAAUGGGUGUGUUCCAGAAAGAAUGUUGCAAUAUAUACCAGGUACUUCAAGAACUGCUGGGCUGGCAUACUCACAAAGAAACCCAGCCUGUAUAUAAAAGAGCUGUGCAUACUCCACAGAUUUUAGCCCUUUCUGAGCAGAAAAGCAUCAAAGACUGGAAGAUGGCAUCAGAGCUCAUCUGGCCUGAGUCCCAGAGUUUGUUGACAUUUGAAGAUGUGGCUGUGUAUUUUUCUGAGGAAGAAUGGCAAUUUUUGGACCCUUCUCAGAAGACCCUCUACAAUGAUGUCAUGCAGGAUAACUAUGAGACUGUCAUCUCUCUAGGGUUAAAGCUCAAAAAUGGCACUGGAAAUGAUCAGCUUAAAUCUGUUUCUCCAUCAGAAAUACAAGCACCAGGAUGCAAAGUAUCAAAGAAGACCAGAGUGAAAGUUGUCCAGAAAACAAUGGGCAAGGAAAAUCAUGAUGAUAUAUACAGGGUACAGAAACAGGGUCGAGCUUUACCAAGGAAGAAAAGAAAGAAACUUUCAACUUGCAAACAAGAGCUUCCAAAACAUAUGGAUCUUCACAGGAAAGGAUACACAGGAGAGAAACCUUUUAAAUGUCAGGAAUGUGGGAAAAGCUUCAGAGUUAGCUCUGAUCUUAUUAAGCACCAGAGAAUUCACACUGAAGAGAAGCCCUAUAAAUGUCAACAAUGUGAUAGGAGGUUUAGAUGGAGUUCAGAUCUCAAUAAGCACUUCAUGGCACAUCAAGGAAUAAAACCAUAUAGAUGUUCAUGGUGUGGGAAAAGCUUCAGUCACAACACAAAUCUACACACACACCAACGAAUUCACACAGGAGAGAAGCCUUUUAAAUGUCAAGAAUGUGGAAAAAGAUUUAUUCAGAACUCUCACCUUAUUAAACACCAGAGAACUCACACAGGUGAGCAGCCUUAUACUUGUAGCAUGUGCAGGAGAAACUUUAGCAGACGUUCCAGCCUUCUUAGACACCAAAAACUCCAUAGGAGUAGGGAAGCAUGUUCAGUAUCUCCAGUCUGAAAAAAAGUGACUAUAUGGAAUAACAGAAAUGAUAAAGGAAUACAAAAUUAUGAGACAUCCAAUGAUAGGAAACCGAUUAUCAACAGAAAGUUUGGGAGAGGUUUAUGUUCUGCAUCACAGAAAGGAAUCUAAGCUAUCUCUAUUAUUCAGCAUUGUAUCUUCAGUGCCUAGCACAAGACUGGUACCUAAUGAGUACAUUAUAAAUAAAAGAUUGAAAAUAUAGGUAUCAGAUACAUCAAUAGCUAUUCAUUUAUCUAAUUAUUCAGAGCUUAUUCACUCUCAAUGACAAAGUCUUUAGGUAUCAGGUGUUAAGCAAAUGCAUGCUAGUCACAAGUCCUACUGUCAUUCUUCAUUCUUUCUCAGGAGAAAUGGAAAAUAAGAGUAUUCUAGGCCUCCUGAAGGUAACUCAGAGAGGAAUUCUGAACUAUGGACAGUUUAUAGUUGUGAUUCUGUCUCCAUGAACAACCAAGCCUAGGGUUCAGGAGAACUUCAAUAGUUUUUUUAUUUUAAGGAGAACUUUGUAACAGCAAGAGAGGAUUCAGUGCUUGUCCUGGGUAAAGUGCUUCUGUUCUAGUUGUCUUUUUCCAGAGUUUCCACCACUGCAAUGUCUUUUGUUAUUGAAUUCCAAGCAACAAGGAAAGGCCUGAAGGCCAAAACAGACCUAGGGUCCUUGCAAGCACUUGAACUCUACCUUUGCCUUUCAACACAGUCAUAUAGUCUGAAGUGAUGAUAGAGGCAGUCUGGGCCCUCAUCCAAAUAUCUAUCUAUUUGUAUAAAGAAUAGAGCAGUGGUUAAUUGAUUUUUUGCUUUUGAUCAUGUACUCUGGAGGUUUUCAAGUCAGUGCCAUAUUGUUCUAGGCCUAUUGAAGUUUCAUUUUUAUAGCUUACGCAGCCUUAACUCUAUACACUUGAAUGCUCUACAGGAAGGUCUGAGCAUUAUUUUACUGAUAAUGGCAAGGAGAGUCUGUAGCCUCUCUACCUUGGUGCACAUCUGACACCAGGAGGGAACAUCCAGAAAUAUCCAAGAAAAGUAAGGUGUGUGGCUUAGAGUUAUGGUACCAGUCAGAGCCAAGCUAGAUGCAAACUGUUUUCUGAUGUAGUUUUUCUUUUUUCUCCACUGGUUUAAGUGAUUAUCUCAUAACAUAAUAUAAUGUGAAGGCUGAGGAUAUAGAUGAGUAGUACAGAGUUGCCUAGUAUGCACAAGGCCCUGGAUUUAAUAUCCAGUACUUCACCCCACAAAAUAACAAAAAAGAAAAUGUAAUAUCAAAGGAAAUGGAAUUCAUGGAUUUUUAUCUGUGUCAGAGCCUGGAUUGUGAUGUUGGCCAAGGCUUCAGUUUAUUUAUUUAGUAUUUCUCCCCUUCCCCAGUACUGGGGAUUGGACACAGGAACAGUAUACCACUGGGGUACAUCCACAGUACUUUCUGUUUUCUUCUUAAGACAUCAUCCCACUAAGUUACCCACACUGGCCUCAAACUUGGCACUCUACCAUUGAGCUACAUCCCCAGCUCUCCACUCUCUGUGUGAAUUCAUGUCUGCAUCCUGGAUAGCUGUUAUCACAUCACCAUUCAAAGGACUGGGUCACACUAAGUUGCCCAGGCUGGCCUCCUGCCUUAGCAGCCUGUGUUUUGUUUGCCACCAUGCCCAACCUUUAUUUACAAUUUCAUGCAAUUUUACUUUCUAAUAAAUUUCAUGCAAUUUUACUUUCUAAUAAAAAUGAAAUGUUUCAUAUGAAAUUUAAGCAUUAAACAAAGCUCCUUUUAUAUCAAACUA